CCCCAAUCAAAUACGCCCUCCAGAGACUGAACCGAGCAAAAUCAGGCACGAUUUCGAAAGAGUAAACCCUAACCCUAAAUCCAAACCCCUCAGAUACUCGCAACCAUGGUGUGCAUACGUAAGGCAACGGUGGACGACCUGUUGGCAAUGCAGGCAUGCAAUUUGAUGUGCUUGCCGGAGAACUACCAGAUGAAGUACUACCUUUACCAUAUUCUCUCAUGGCCACAGCUUCUCUACGUCGCCGAGGACUACAACGGUCGAAUCGUCGGGUACGUCCUAGCGAAGAUGGAGGAGGAGAGCAAUGAGUGCCAUGGUCAUAUCACCUCCCUCGCCGUCCUCCGUACUCACCGCAAGCUCGGUCUUGCCACAAAGCUCAUGAACGCCGCACAGGCUGCCAUGGAGCAGGUGUUUGGAGCGGAGUAUGUUUCUCUGCAUGUGAGGAAGAGUAACCGGGCUGCAUUUAAUCUGUAUACAGAGACAUUGGGAUAUAAGAUUCAUGAUGUGGAGGCUAAGUAUUAUGCAGAUGGGGAGGAUGCCUAUGAUAUGAGAAAGCAGCUAAAAGGGAAGCAGAUUCAUCAUCAUUCUCAUCAUCACCACCACCAUCAUCAUCACCACCACCAACAUCCGCACCAGCAUGGUGGUGGUUGUUGUGCUGGUGAUGCGAAGAACACAGAAUCAACUCAAGCAAGGGGGGAAGCUAAAUCAGAGGCAAAAGCCAGCGCAAAGGCAGAGUCAAAAGCAGGAUGAUGACAAGAGGUAAUCGGGGUGUUUGGACUAGUUGGAGUCAUGCGAGUUUCAUACAUGUUCAGAUCAUAUGUAAUGCAUAAAUUUUUCCUUUGUUUGUUUGUAAGGACAAUAAGCACUGGAUGCUUUGAAAUGACAUGGUUAUCUCCAUUUACUGAUUGGUACUAAAUCUAUGAUUGUCAUUUUCUAUGUAGUCAAUUUUUGUACUUCUUGUACCAAACUUUUGUAUAAGCUAUAAUGGUUUCUGUUGCCAA